ACGUGGAACCGUACGCAACAGGACACGUUUCAGAGAAUCGGGUGCUGCUAUUUUCACCGCACUAAGCCAACCAGUAGAGUCGGUGAUGAUAAUUUUGCUUCUUUCCUCACAAGAAGGGAAGAAGAAGAAGACGAGGAAGAAGAAGACGAGAGGAGAGGAGAGGAGAGGAGGCUGAAUUUUGAGAACUGGAAGAUGCUGAGACGUGCAGCAGCUAGGAGCAGGGAGAGGCUGUCUUCUCUCACCUCGUUGUCAUCAGGGAGGGGGCCGAGCCAGGCUUCCUCUUCUGCCGCCUCCAUUUCCAAUAAUCCGAUGAGCGGCCGUGAUUCGUCGCCAGGAGGUCCCAGAUUGUGUUCCUUAUUCGGCAAUUCAAAUCUCUUCGGCUCCCAAUUUCAUCUUCUGUGCAGAGGUUUUGCAUCAAAGCCACUUGCCCUCAAGGAAAACAGUGUUAUUCCAGACGUUCCUCCGACUGUGGCAGCUGUUAAGAACCCAACUGCAAAGAUAGUUUAUGACGAAUACAACCAUGAGCGUUACCCUCCAGGUGAUCCCAGCAAGCGGGCGUUUGCCUAUUUCGUCUUAACUGGUGGGAGAUUUGUUUACGCUUCACUGAUUCGCCUCCUUAUCCUGAAGUUUGUCCUCAGCAUGUCAGCCACUAAGGAUGUUCUUGCAUUGGCCUCUAUUGAGGUUGACCUUUCCAGCAUUGAGCCGGGCAGCACAGUCACUGUGAAGUGGCGUGGGAAGCCAGUCUUCAUCAGGCGCCGAACUGAGGAUGAUAUCAAGCUGGCAAACAGUGUCGAUGUGCACUCUCUUCGCGACCCACAGGAAGAUUCAGCGCGAAUAAAGGAUCCAGAGUGGCUCAUUGUUGUCGGGGUCUGCACGCAUCUGGGUUGCAUCCCAUUACCAAAUGCUGGUGACUUCGGUGGGUGGUUUUGCCCAUGCCAUGGUUCUCACUACGACAUCUCUGGCAGGAUUCGCAAGGGACCGGCACCUUAUAAUCUGGAGGUACCCACUUACUCUUUCUUGGAAGAGAACAAGUUGCUUAUUGGGUGAUUAUUGAAGGUGUAGUCAUCAUCUACAGGGACAAUGAGGUUUUUUUUAAGUAUUUCUCUCUGUAUUUAGUUGUGAAAUACUUCUUGUUGAAGAUAUCUCUGAUUUUCAAUAAUUUGUAUGGUCUUUGAUGUAGCACGCUAUGGUGCUGGUGUUGCUUUAGAACUGAACAAAUUGUCUGCUCAAACGCUGCUUUUAUGCACGCGUGAUUAAUUAUAGUAUAUUUACCAUUUUGGAGA